GUCCGUCUCAUUCACACCAAUGCACAGAACCGUCGGAUUGUCGCCGUCAUUCGUGUCCGUAUUUUUUCCUAGGGAUUCGAUUCGAAGUUGGUUCGAUUUUCUCCGCUGGAAAUCUUUGAUUUCGUCUGCUAUUUUGCGUAACAGAACGCCGUCUAUGAGUGAAGGCACUUAAACGUCUCAUCGUUCUGCCAGGAAUUCGGUACUGGGCUGACAGCUGAAAUAGCUGACUCACACAGAGGAUAUCGGGCUUCAACAGCAGAUCAUCGUUUGGGUUACGCAAGGCGUAUACCAACAGUGAUUCUGAUAGGUUCCGAUACACACCUUCCGAAACAACCCGUUCAGUAUUUGUUGACAGUGAUAUACCUGAAGAAGGAUUGUGAGAGUAGCAAAAACAAGUGCGAAGCACAAAAGAAAGAGUAAUAGAGACUGAAGAAUCCCACUGUCACAAGUGGCGAUUGUGUUAGUGAAAGCUUUGUAAAGCAAGAUAAAUCCGAUUGAAGUGCUUGAAAGUGUCAAAUUGUCGAAAAAAGAGUUAUCAAGUGAAAAAAACUGCUCAAAAAUUGACUGUGUAGUUGUCAGUGCUGGUGUAAGUUAGGGUGCUGAUCAAUCAACAGCUUGAAGCGCGUCCAUAGGAUUGAACGUAAUCGAUCUACUGUACCGGCCGUUGUGUCUCUUUCCCAUAACCUAUCCAGGUGGUCGAUUGGUUCACAUUUCGAUCUGUGUGUGUGUUUGUAACAGACACCUUGUAGGCUAAGCGAGAGGAGAGAAGUGAACUAACCCUUCGGUGUAUCCUCCCACGUCAUCAUGAACGUGAUGAACAACAGUAGCGGCGACGAGGAGCAGGUCGAGUGCCCGCUUUGCAUGGAACCCCUGGAAGUAGAUGACCUUAAUUUCUACCCAUGUACAUGUGGCUAUCAGAUCUGUCGAUUCUGCUGGCACAGGAUCCGCACUGAUGAGAACGAGCUGUGUCCCGCGUGCCGGAAGGCGUAUCCGGAGAACCCGGCCGACUUCACGCCCCUCUCGCAGGAGCAGAUUGCAGCGUUUAAGGCGGAGAAACGACAGCGAGAUCAGCAGCGGAAGGCGAAGAUUUCCGAGAAUCGGAAACACCUUGCGAACGUGCGAGUCGUGCAAAAGAAUCUGGUGUUCGUUGUCGGACUGCCGCCGAGAUUGGCAGAUCCCGAAAUUCUGAAAAAGCACGAAUAUUUCGGCAAGUACGGCAAGAUCCAUAAAGUUGUCAUAAAUCCUAGUACUACGUACGCAGGAGUCCAGGGCCCCUCGGCUUCGGCGUAUGUUACGUACAUCAACAACAACGACGCGUUGAAGGCAAUUCAAAGUGUCAAUAAUAUCAUGCUCGAUGGGCGGCUGAUAAAGACGAGUUUAGGCACUACCAAGUACUGCAGUCACUUCAUGAAGAACCAGACUUGUCCAAAGCCAGACUGCAUGUAUUUACAUGAGCUAGGAGAUCAGGAAGCAAGCUUUACGAAAGAGGAGAUGCACCAAGGCAAACAUCAGGAGUACGAAAAACGGCUCCACGAUACGAUGCAAGCGCAGCUAGGUUUGACAUCCGCCAACGGUUGCUCGUCCGGCGGAACGGCGGCGGUCUUGGUGAACGGUAGUAGUGGCAGCAACAGCGGCAGUGGUGGUGUCGGGAACGGCAACAGUAACAACAACGGCAGCGAUGGGAUCGAUAGUAUCAUCAAUGGAACCGGAACCGGCACCACCACGAACGGUAUUACUGUGAACGGUACGAAUGGCGGUGGUAAAACAGGUGAUUCUAAACAUAUUAGCGACAUAACCAAUGGACCAAUACAAAGCAAAGAAGCUUGGCCAAGCUUAUCCACUGCGCCAGUCAGCGGUAGCACUCAUGGCAAUGGAGGCGGCGGUAGCAAUAAGGAGAAUAAAAUUAAUGGUAAAACAGUUGGAAGCAAUAAGGAGAAUGUCGGUCGAAACGACAGAAAACACGAGAAAACUCGGUCGAAGGGAGGAAGAAAACAUCGUGGAAGUCGGGAAGAUCGGGAACGUGAUCGCGAUCGUGAGCAUCUCAACAACAAGGAGCACAGUAACAAGGAUAGCCACAGUAAACACAAACCCAACAGGAAUAACCGCAGCUGCAGCAAUCACAAGGAUAACGGUAUAUCUGCGGUGACUACCAGUGCCAACAUUACUGUAAAUAGUAGAACGACUGCUGUAAAUAAUUCCUGUAAUGCUACAAAUAGCGUUGGUUCAACGGUGAUCAGUAAUCAUAACGGUAGGGUGCCUAGUGCAACCAUCGUGACAACUGAUUGUCCAGUGACUACUGGUCACAUCAAUGGUGAUAACAGUAAUAUGGUGGUGACCAAUGAUAAAGAAGUGCAGAACAUUAGCAAAAGUCAGAAGCAACUGGUCAACGGUGACAAUAAUGCGACGAUUACUAGCAAACCCGUUCACCUGGAUGAUCUUGAUGAUGACGACGAUGAUCUGGACUUUGAGGACAUAGACAAUGAUGCGCUAUCAUCGGACAAUGAUGGCAAGACGGAUACGCCCUCGUUAAGUAGCGGUGGUUCCUCGCGGGCAGGCGGUGACAGUGGUAGCACUUUGAGCGAAACGCCAAGCGGCAAGAGCUCACCAAGUGCAUUCCUGGACCCGUUAACUGCUGUGAAUAAUUUGAUAACGACCGGCAGCACGACGACGGUCACCACCAGCAGCAGUAGCAGCAGUAUAACAUCGGCAGAUGAGAGGACCGCUGCGGCUAUCACUUCUGCCGCCAACAACAGCAGCACCGCCAUCAACAACAAUGGUAUUAGUAGCAGUAGCAACAGCAGCAAUUUCUUCUCCCCCGUUUUGACAAACGAAGACAAAAACGGUAGAAGAAGCACGGAACCCGUGAUAUCGUCGUCUUCAUCACUGUUUGGUAGUGACAAUGAGGGCAUGAAUUUAACCACUACGACUGUAACAACACCACCCACGGCCAACAAACAGUCGCCGCAACAGCAGCAGCAGCAGCAGCAGCAACAAAAUGGCAUGAGUAAGAUCAGCAACAGCUUGAUUGACAAUACCGCAUCGCGAUUCUCAAAGCUGGGCAUUUUCGAUGACAAUAGCAGUUUCUUUUCGCAUGGCACGUUCGAUCCUUAUAAUUAUAACAAACUAGACGGUGUAUUAAACGGAAGUCAAGAGAGCAGUCAAUCCUCGGGUUUAUCUACUUCUCAGCUGCCGGAUCUCCUCAGUGGUACCAACGAUACCAAUGAGCAGCACACAAAGGAGAUCCUCAAGAAUCUAGGCAAUAUUCAGCAACAGCAGCAACAACAGCAUCAUUUGCUGAACAAUGUGCAUCUACAGCAGCAACUGAAUGGCCUAGGUCUUGGUAACGGUAGUGUCGACGGCCUAUCGGGUUUCGGCACCGGUAAUACCGACGACUGGGAGACCGCUUUUGGAAAAUACAUGGUGCGCAGCAAGAUGGACAUAGAACAUCACGAAGAGUUGCUACGCAUGCAGGAACUGCAGAAGCGCAAUCUCAUCAACAGUGGACUGAACGUAGCGCAAUUUAAUGGCUUUAAUGGAGAUUAUUCGGAUUACUUUCACAACACAAAUGAGCUCAAUAGUAGGUUAUUGAGUCAACAGCAGCAGCAAGCUCACCAGCGUUUGCAACAACAGCAACAACAGCAGCAGCAACAGCAACACUCCGACCUGAACCACAUCUAUGCAGGUAAUAUGUCGAAAUUCUUCGACUUCCACAAAAAUCAACAGCAGCAAGCAGCACAACAGCAGCAACAGCAGCAGAACCAACAAUUGCUUCUCAACGGGCAUUCAACGCUUCCGAUACCCGAUCCUUUUAACAUUUCGAGCCUGCUGGAGAACAGCCGAUUAAACUCGCACUUCCUAGAACAACACACAAACGGUUUACUAGGUUCCCAACUACAGAAGCAACGUAUGAUCAACGGUCAGCAUAAUCCCCACAAUCUUCUGCUGAAUGGGACAAAUGCACAACAGCCGCAGCCGCAGCCCCAACAGCAGCAACAGCAACAACAAAACGGUAGACUGCACAAUCCACAGCAACAGUAUCCGCCGUCAAACGCCGUUCUAGAUGACGACUUAGGCAAAAUUUUAGGCUUUGAUCCCUUCUUCGAGACGCAGAAAGGACUGGCGGAACUUAUGAUUGACGAGGUUAAGCAACAGCAAAUACCGCAGAGUUCUGUAGUCGCUGCGACAGUCUCCCACAGCAAGCUAUUGGAAAAUGUCCAGCGAACUCGAAUGCCCCCGCCGGGCUUCAAUCAUAUGAACGCCUUCGGAUUCGGCGUUCCGAGAGCGCAAGUUUCCGGCAGUAAAAUCCUUCCCUUUAUGAACCUGGCCAACAGUGCACAGCAGCAGCCGCCGCCAUUACCAUCACAACAAGGCAACUGGGGUCAACAAAUACAACAGCAGCAACAGCAGCAGCAAUUUAUGGGAUUCCAGCAGAAUGAACAAAAUCAUUUAGCCCCAUCCCAGCCACAAAAUGGACACAACAAACCAGGCUAUGGUAGCAACUUUGGUGAUUGGACAUCGUUCGAUCCAGCAAUCGUUUCCUUCCGUCAGUUUUCGUUCAUGAAUGGUCCCAAUCAACCAGGUGGUGAUAUGUUUCUCACCGCGCAGCAGCAACAAAACCAGUUGAAUCAGCCGCUCAUACCGCAACCACCAGCACAAGGAUUUGGACAUCACGGUAUCAAUUUGCAGUCCAGUGUCAUGAAUCAGCAGCAGCAACAACAGGCGGGCAACCCGCAAGCACAGGUUAAUUUUUCCCAUGCCUCCAACUGGCUUAACAGCGAACAGAGCGCCUAUAUGAACAGCCUCUCCAACGGAUUUGGUGCGCCAGGCUUCGAUAAGUUCACCAUCCCGAUGCCACCCGGGUUUCAAGCGGCGGCGGCGGCAGCGGCUGCAGCAUCAGCGACAGUAGGCAACAAGCAGAAGGCAGAAUGCAUCAACUAAAAGGUCUCAUUCCACGACAACACACACAUUUCGAGAGUAGAGUAGCCUAGGGAAGCAGUGUUUUGCUUGUUGAGGGCAAAAAUAGUAGAGCUUGUUUGUUAUAUUCUGUAUUUUUUGUUGUUGUCAUAACGUUUCCAAUUUUUCCAUUUACACGCACAAUCCUGGUUUUGUCGUUAAAGUAUUUUAUCAUGUUGAUCAAUUAGGAUUGUAGGUUCAGCUCGCCAAGUAGGAAGCAGAAAUCGAUAGCUAGCAUUUAAUCCACCCACAGUAGACAAAGAUGGAGCACGAUAGAAAGAAUUGAAAUUUGCAAGAAGAAGUGACAGAGUGCCAGAGAGAGGAGGAGGGAAAUCCUGAAAUUCAAUCGCAAUCGAUUUCAUUGCUUAGUUUUGGUAGUUAGGCCAUAUCCGUGUAGGUACUUUUUCCGAGUUCCUGAUGAUGCACGCCUGCGAAUGGUUCGUGGAUUCGAUUCGAAUCGAUCUUCCGGUUCAUCCGAUCGAUGAAUCUCGACAAAACUAUGAUUGUCCGCUUAAACCAAUUUUAUUUUUAUGCUCUUUCAUCAAUAACAUUCAAUCUCUUGAAUAGUAUUUGAUCGAAAGUACCGAGACUGCACAGAUAUCCGGUCUGUUCGAA